GCUGGAGAAAGCUAGACGAGCGAGCACAGAUAGCCGAAUCUCAGAGCACUGCACUCACGGACGAAAAUAGGCUUCUCUCUCAGCGACUAUCCGAUGCGCAGGACCAAUAUCGCAAGAUAAUGUCGGAGAAAUCGUCUUUGGAAGACACAUUGUCAAAAGAAAAAGCUGCUGUAGAGCGCGUGAGGGAUGAGUUGAAGACACUGGAGAAGGAUACAGAAGUUGUGAAAAGGCACAACAAGCACUUUCAGCAGAAGCUAGAGAAAGCAGAGAUAGCUGAGGAGGAACUGACAACACAGCUUACAGCUGUGCAGCCGGCAUUACAGGAAGCAGAGGAGCAAAAGAUCAGAAUGCAAAAAAAGCUGGAUUCCACAUCAAGAAAGUUUGACCAGCUGAAGGAUCUCUUCCAGCAGUUGAAUACUGAGCGAGAGAAGAUCAGUGAUCAGUUUGUCAGUUUGACAGAGGAACAGGAGGGAUGGAAGAAAAAGGUUGAGCAACAACAAGCCACUAUUGGCAACCUUCAGUCCUCCCUACAACACGAGCAGCAGGCAUCUACUGGUCUCGCCGAGGAGAAGCAAAGAAUGCUCGUUGACCUAACCAAUUAUCAACAAGGUCUGUCUGCGCUGCGUUCCGAGCACCAGAAUCUUCUCUCUGUAUACCAGCAGAUUGGAGAUUCAGAGAAAAGUCUGAUGGCAAGACUUGGUGUUCUCAACGGACAUGUUGCCGAGCAGCAGGCUAGAGCUAAUCAUUGGGCCACUGAACACAAGAAGCUGAACGAAGAAUCCUUGAAGAUGCGUCAGCGCCUUGACUCUCUCGUCCGCCAGAAUACCAUUAUUACGGAAGAACGCGACGAUUAUCAGAGGAAUUGGGUGAAAGCCAGUUCAAGUUUAGACGGCAUGGCACAUGAUCUGAAGCAUAUCAAGGAGGAACGGGAUGCAUUACAAGCCAAUUUGCAGCGUCAGAUCAGUGAUCUGACUGCGGAGACUGCCGCCCUGGAUGAAAACUCCAAGCAUACCGGAACCAAGCUGAAAUCGCUUAUCGACCAUCGGGAUCUAUUGCUGUCGGAGCUAGAAGCUUGCCGAGCACAGGCCCAAGCGCACCGUGAAGAUUAUGAAGAGGAGAACAGAUCGAAAGAGAGAAUACGCCUCGAGAACGUUCGUAUGAGCCGAGAAAAAGACACGUUGGCACACGAUUGCGAGCAUCUGCGCAAGCAGACUAAUCAACUCCUGGCUGAAGUUGAGGAGCUGAAGAAUGAGCAGAGAAUUGCACAAAUGCGCCGUCGUGUCUUACAUGAAGCACCGGGUGGCAGUGGUGGCAGUGCCAGUGCCAGUGGCAGCGGUGCCGGAAAUCCCCAAACUAUCGGCGGUGCAGCAGCAGCAACUUCCCACCGCCAUGCCUCUGGGUUGCCCUACCAACAGCAACUGUCCAGUGAUGACUAUGUUCCUCCUCCAGCCCAGCAUAGGCCACUGGCCACUGGGCGCGGUGCAGAAGCAUCACCGACCUCAAGGUCUACUAGCCAUACAGGUGGUGAAGGAGCACACACUGCUUACUCCUCUCCAGCGGGAACAUGGACUCAUGGAGACUUCCACUCCAAUCCUGUUAGUCUUCCUACACAUAGUCAUGGUGCUGAAGCUAGUGCUGGUGCACAACGUGCAGCCGGCUUGGCUGCCUCCUCUUCUAGACAGCUUUCUGCGAGCUCGGAUUCAGCAGCAGCAGCACCAGCAGUAAGUCAGUUACCACAGCCUCAGCUGCAGCACAAGCACCAGCAGCAGCAACGCCAUGUUCCUCUGGAUGAGCCCACACAGGAUGGUCGCUUUUACAGGAACAUUCUGCCAACGGAUAGUCCAGAGUUCACCUGUCCAAAGUGUGGCAGUGAUUACCCCGAUCUCAAUACCCUACAGAUACAUGUACUGGAUUGUAUCAGGUAAAUAGGUGCUGGCACUUACACGGAGUUGCUCCACGGUUCACAAUGGAGUGUUCAGUGGAGUGUUCAAUGGCGUGUUCAGUGGACAUAAGCAAGUGUGUGUGUAGUUGCUUACCCCGUACCUAUUUGUAGCUGGUUAAGCUGAGCACUUAGUGUCCAUAUCUCUGCUGAAACCUGUAUCUACUUGCUACCCGUACGCAGGUGGGGACGCUCUGAGAUGAGUGCUCGCCGCAGAAUAUUCCUUGUCAGUGUUAGUUAGCUUGCUUGCCAAUUGCCAUUGCUCUCUCAUUAGACCGCCAUGUUCAGAGCAUGUAUAGCCAGGAUCUUUGGUUUACUACACUACAAAUUCUCAGUUUUUUAUCGCCUUGCGAAGACUUUUGUUGUCUGUUGGCCAUUGCAUCAUCAGAUCAUGCUGUUCUACUGUCUAGGGUGGUAUAGCUAGAGGCGGGCCUGACGAGUUCUCUUCAGAUCUGAGAAUGGGGGAUGAAAACGUUCUCUUUUUUUCCUUACUCAAUUUUUUACUGUUUCUACCUUUUCUAAGUGCUCUCAUACUCCAUUGCUGCUAUAUACAUGCUUUUUAUCUUGUAUACAAUACUUGUAAUUAUAUUCAUUGUUUACUGUGGGCGCAUGCCUGACUACAUGAAUCACAUGUCAAUCAUACUCUGCUAAUACUGGCAAUGUUUGAUGUCUUCCGUUGUCAUGUUUCUCUAUCUGAUACACAACAUACACAAGUACACACGCACGCACCCCAGUGCACACACAACACUAACACACACACACACACAACACUAACACACACACGCACACGCACACACACACACACACACACACACGUACGCAAAUACACGCACGCAGCAGGUGUGCGUUGGCUGGCUCUGCCGCUACAGUUUACGUGCUGUGACGUGAAGGGCAUGUAGACAAUAACAGUAUUGCAUGGCACUGGGAGAAAUGUUUACUUCUAGCUUUGCUAUGCGCCACUUCUGCAAGAGAAUUCUUUGCUUUGAUAUUAUAUCCCUUUAUCGAUGUAUUUUCCAUUUUUUUUGCUAGAGCAUUAAAUUAGACUGAUUAUUGGUGUUUAUCAGUGAUUUGUGAAUGAAGGCUUCGCCCAUCCAAUUAUA